UCAAUAUGAAGAAAUGUGAUAUUUGCGACAAAUCUAUCACCAAAAAAUGCCCGGGAGUGGAAUGCCGUAGAUGUGAAAAGUGCGUGCACCUCAGUAGUGAAUGCUCAGGCUUGACUACCAAGCAGCAGGUGGCUCUUCGAUCUAGCAACCUGCUAUGGUUGUGUCAAGAGUGCGAACUAUCAACAUCAAAACGAAAAUCGAUCGUAAUCCCUGAGGGCGAGGACGAGGAAACUGAGGAAGCUGCUGACAAACUGCCCUUCCAAAUCGACGUGAAACAGUUACUAAAAGAUAUUUCGAUAGAGAUGGAAAAAACUGUUAGGAAAGAACUUGCAGAACUAUCAGGCUCUCUGCAAUAUCACUCCGAUCAAAUGGAAGAACUAGAAAAAACUAUCCAUGAGUUUAAAACAUCUAUAAAAGAUCUACAAAAGAAGAACACAGAGCUAUCUCAUCUUAACACACACCUCUUAACUCGUGUCGGAGCUCUGGAGCAACGGGUUCAAUCUCUGGAACAGGAACGUCUUUCUUCAGCAAUAGAACUGUCGAAUAUACCACGGGAGGAGAACGAAAACAUAACAGAAAUAGUAAAGACAGUAGCAAGAAAAUUAAAAACCCCUACAACCAAUAUUAGAACCGUUCAACGACAAGGAACAAGUAAGGACCGACCAGGGAAUAUUAUAGUUCAUUUUUCUGAUGACGCUGAUUGUAUCACCUGGACUUCAGCAUCUAAAGCAGCCAGCUUGCUAAUCGCCGAUGUUUGUCCAAGCGUUAAGGAACCUAAAGCCUCUGAAAAAAUAUUCGAUCCGAAGAAGAUGUCAACAAACUACUUAAAUUCUAACCCAACACACUCUGUACCCCUUUUAUCGCAAAAUGCUAACUCGCUCAAAAACCGUGGUAUGGAAGAAAAGCGCAGUAUUUCGUCUUCAAGUACUUCCUCAGCUGCCACUACCAAAGCUAAAAAGCUGGCAGCCGAGGCAGUCCACCUACGUCGCAUGGCAGAGAUCGAGUGUGCAAAACGCGAGCGCGAUCUUGAACGAGAGCGCGAGCACGCGAGCACCAUUUUGGAAGCAGAGCGCUCUGUGGCCGAAGCAGAACACCGUGCAGAAAUGACUGCAAUAGAGGCCAUAAAAUGCGCCACAUCGGAGUCCCGAGAGCCAAAGGCAGAAGAUAUGGUGCGCGAAGAACGUCACCUUCUUCUGCACUCCCAGUUAGCUUCAUUACACGAAGCUUAUGCUCAAGUUAAUAGUGGCAAAGCGCCGGCUAGAAACAGCCGCCUAAAGAAUUUGAGGCUGUUCGUCGAAGAAUCCACUAACCUGCUACGUCUAUCUGGAAGAAUAGUUUGGUGGAAGGCAUGCCUUCUGUACCACCGAACCCCAUAG